AAUAAGAAAUAGGGUUAAGGUAUCAGUAGACUGGCGCAGUGAUGAGGUUUACCGAUUAAUUUCGGCAGUUGAACACAGGCCACUGUUGUGGAAUUCUUCCCAUGAAGAUCAUAUGUGCAAAGUAACGCGUGAAGCUGCUUGGCAAGAAAUUGCAGCGGAAUUUGAAGGCAAAUUCGAUACCGAUCAACUAACUGCGAAAUGGUACAAUCUGAGGAUACAAUUUAAAGCUUAUUGGGCAAAACAGAAGCGAGAACAGGGAAUGAGUCAUAUAACCUGGAAAUACUUUAAGCCAUUGACGUUUAUCGGUGGAAGUAGAAAAGAUCAACAACGGUUGUUGGCUGAAUGCGAAGUCAAUACUACUAGUCCAAAGAAAUCAACUCCAUUUCAGUCGAAAUCCAGCAUCAAACGACUUCGCCCAUCUUAUCAUAAUUCGCUUCACUCGAAACGUGCGCCUGUUUCGCAGAACACCACACUAAUGUCUCCGGCAAAUGACUUUAAAAACGUCUCACCAAUUUUGGCUAGUUUACAACAAUCUUUGCAAAAUAUCCAGAAAGUGGACAGUUUUCAAGUUUUUGGCAAUUUUUUGGCAGAAGAGCUACGCAAAAUACCUGACCGAACGCUCGCUAACCAAAUGCAAAGAAAGCUAACGCGUUUCUUAAUGGACUGUAUGGAUGAAGUUGACACUGCAUAUGGAAACCAGUCGUUGAAUAACAAAACUGAUCUUUAGUUCUUUUUUCCUCACAAUGAAACACCCCUUUCGUUCC